AUGCUCGAGAGAGAAAACAGAAACAUAAACGCCUGCAGCAGAAGCAGCAGCAGCAGCAGCAGCAGUAGCACCACCACCAGCAGCAGCACCAGCAGUAGCACCAGCAGCAGUAGCAGCAGUAGCAGCACCGCCAGCACCAGCAGCAGCCGUAGCACCAGCACCAGCAGCAGCAGCAGUAGCACCAGCAGCAGUAGCAGCACCAGCAGCAGCAGUAGCACCAGAAGCAGCAACGGCAGCAGCAGCAGCAGCACCGGCAACAGCAGCAGCAGCAGCAGCAGCAGCACCUACCCUUUGCGUCAACAAGCGGAAUAG